UAUAGAACAUAGCACAACAAGGCUACAGUGAGACUGACCUAACUGAAGAGACCAAUUUAGUGCUGAAUCAAGGGAAAUAUACCACAUGGACACAAAGAUGUUGUCGAUUCUAGUGAUUUGUGCAUUCAUAGCAGUGAAUAAUGCACGAUUAAUACCAUCAAAUAUUCAAAUACUGAAUUACCUGGAGGGAAUGAAAGUUCCAUACUUUGAAGCAGUUGCGUUGCACAGACCCAUGAUGAUGGACUAUUCAUUCAAUAACACAGUGCUUAAGAAAUUAUCACGAACCGAUCACUCAGGAGAUGUAGUGCUGCGAGAAGACGCCAUGGAUGUGCACCUAUACAUGUCCGAGGGCUUUAUCACUGGAGACAUGAAAGCACAAUUCUCUCACACGGACGAUGCAGAGUUCGGGUAUGGUAUGGAAGGGAAUUUCACGCUCCAUGGAUAUAAUUCUACCCUGAACUUGACCGUUCUUCUGCCAAAAUUCGGUGGCGGUGACAAAUCUCCCAUCGUCAUGACUCAUUGCAAAGCACAAUACCAUCAACUGAGUAUGGAUUUGGACACUAAGAACAUCAGAGACCCUCUGGACAAGAUUGCAAUGGACCAUUGGCUGAGCAAAGCACUGCACGAAACAUUAGCAGACUUGUACUGUAUUGCGCUAAGGGGGGAGAUUGCAAAAGGAACCGAUUCCCUUAUAGUUCAAGGAUUGAAGGGACAAUUAUUUCUCGCAGCAUUUACCCAGCAGUAAAAUUCCUCGGAGCCCAGUAACUUUUAAGACUCCACUUUUACUCUACAUCGGGAAUUUAUGUCUGUUUGUUUUUCAGUUUUUACAUUAUUCUACUAACAGCAAUAAAUGCUCAUUUGUCUUGAGUUUCACGUGAA